CGUACCUACAGAAUUUAAAUGUUAGGUGUGAUUGUAGAUCUUAUUUCUAAUUUCCUUUUAAUCUGAUAAUAUUCAUUAUUGUUUCUUUUUUCUGGUGAAAUAAAAGUGAUACCUAUUGUAAAAAAGACGACGAAGAAGAAGAUAGCGUUCUCAAAUUAAACGUCAAUAGAUAAGUAGACAGUAGCAACGUACGACGUGGAGCUGCGUUUACCUCUCAUCUCGCUCAGUGCAGUGGCGCCCUCAUCUUUUACACUUACCUUGAACUUAAAAAAAACAUUCGCCUCGCCUCCCUGAAGACUAUAGUUAAGUUGAUGAUGCAUUGCGAUUUGCGACUCAUGAAUCAAUGAUCAUUCCCUGGUCCCAACCAUAAAUGAAGUAGCCAUCGCAUAAUGUUAGCUACCUAAACCCACCCACCAUGCCAUUUUAGCUGCCAGAUCAUUCAUCAUUACAAUAUCGUGCGCCAUUGGAGGUACCCCUGCCUGCCUCUGUGUGCCCUGCAGAAAGAAAAUGAUAGCGUUCACUGUAGCAGCCUGCAGUUUUUUGGGCAACCAAGGUCGCCGGCCGAUUGAUGGCAUCUCAGUUGGAGAGUCUUUGUUAACAGUAGCGGCCUCACCGGAGGAGUUACCGGCGUUUAAGUACCCACGGCAGGGCAAUGCCAGACUGAGGAGGCAGUAUUGCCGUCUUCGUUGCAUCCCAUUUACUCUGAAAGCAGCAGUUAGUGCAAGUGGCACCAAGGCAUCAUCUUUGAACAGCUCUCACUUCCCUUCCCAUUUCAUGUUUGGAACCGCUUCUUCAGCUUACCAGUAUGAAGGAGGGGCAAGAGAAGGCGGCAAGGGGCCUAGCAUUUGGGACACUUACACUCAAACACAUCCAGAAUUGGUAAAGGACAGAAGCAACGGCGACGUUGCAGUUGAUUCCUAUAAUCGGUACCUGGAAGAUAUUGAGAUCAUGAAAACAAUGGGAUUCAAUGCUUACAGAUUCUCAUUUGCCUGGUCCAGAUUAUUACCAACUGGAAAGUUGAGUGGAGGAGUGAACAAGCAAGGAGUUGAUUACUACAACAACCUCAUCGACUCUCUCCUAUCAAAUGGGAUGCAGCCAUUUGUCACACUCUUCCACUGGGACACUCCUCAAGGCCUCGAAGAUGAAUAUGGCGGCUUCCUGUCUCCUAACAUUGUUGAAGACUUCGAGGAUUAUGCUGAGGUGUGUUUCAGGGAGUUUGGAGACAGAGUGAAGCACUGGAUCACAUUCAAUGAGCCUUGGACGUUUAGCUCUGGCGGGUAUGCUGGCGGACCUCUAAGAAUCGCCCCUUUCAGAUGCUCACAUUGGCAGCUAGACGAUAGCACCGGUGGUGAUUCUGGGACUGAGCCUUAUGUCACUGCUCACCAUCAGCUCCUCGCUCAUGCUGCUGCUGUCAACCUCUACAGGCUUAAAUAUCAGGCAACUCAAAAUGGAGUCAUAGGAAUUUCGAAUGUGUCACACUGGUUCCUGCCACUCUCUGACAGCAAGGAAGAUGAAGAGGCAGCUCAGAGAGCCGUGGAGUUCAUGUAUGGAUGGUUCAUGGAUCCUAUAUUCCACGGCGACUAUCCGGAGAUUAUGAAGUCCUAUAUAGGAAGCAGACUGCCACAGUUCUCAUCCCACCAAUCAGAUCUUCUGAAGGGUUCAUUUGACUUCAUUGGCCUCAAUUACUACACUGCUUCUUAUGCUUCCAAUCAUCCACAAUUCGACCCUCAGCGUCUUUGUAUGUUCUCUGAUCGUCGUCUCAAACUCUCAGAUGAGCGCAAUGGUGUACUUAUUGGUCCCAGGGUGGGUUCAGGUUGGGUGUACGAUUAUCCCAGAGGAUUUGAGCAGCUGCUAACCUACACCAAGACCAGAUACAACGAUCCUGUCAUAUACAUUACCGAGAAUGGAGUUUAUGACAGCACCGAUGAAUCUUCACCCAAGGAAGAAGCUCUUCAGGAUGUUUCCAGGGUUUCCUACUUCCAGGGCCAUCUUGAAGCUGUUCACAAUGCAAUCAAGAAAGGAGUGAAGGUGAAGGGAUACUUUGCGUGGUCAUUACUCGACAACUUCGAAUGGAGUGCUGGUUACUCCCUAAGAUUUGGUCUUGUCCACAUAGACUUCAAGAAUGGGCUGCAGAGACAUCCUAAGCUCUCCGCCUUCUGGUUCCAGAACUUCCUGUGCCAAAAUCGUCCCAUCGAAAAUUCAUUAGACCCGUCAUCUCAGAACUUGCAACUCGUGGAUUCUAUAUAUUAGUUGGAACAUGUAUCUCGUCUCUUUGCACUAGUAAUUAGUAAAACCAUGCUGCUUUAGCUUCUUGCUUAUUCAUGUAAAGCUUUUGUUACUCUCUAGCUAUUUACUUACCAAACAAAUUCAACUCCUAUUCUGGUACGCGGAAAUGAGUUUGGCUAUGAUGCAGAAUGGAGUAAGCUUCAGCACCCUGCAGAUGCUUUCUUAUUCGUCCGAUUCAUCAUGAAACGAUUAUAGCGCAUGAAAUUGAGAUCAGAAUCUGUUGACAUCUUUGUCCGACUCGAACAAAAUGACGAGAAAUUUCCUGGAAAAGUUCAAAAGAGAAGUGAACAAAUAUCUAUGUCCAUA